GCUCUUCAGAGCUCACAAGAUGAAGUUCUAAUUAUCUCACCACUUGUUUGUGCUUUGGCUAGCCUGUCUACUUCGCUCAUCCUUUUACCUAGCAGGCGGUGCAGUCUUUAAGGUAGAAGCGCAUGGCCGCCCUUGGAUCAGAGACUAGCAAUGGAGGUGUCACCAGGAACAACUUGUCUUACGCAAAGAGAUUCUCGGCCCUCUGGUGCGAAGAGUACCGUGUCGACUUCAUCUACAAACAAUCAAUGGCCAUUAUGCGUCCAGCACUACACAUCUUGCCUUGUCUCUCAAGAUGCGGCUAUAAGAGACACAUCUCAGUUCGAGAAUACCUACCUAUCGAAACAGACCUCCGUGGAAGCCCUUAGUCAAGGGAAGGGGAACGUAGUCGAGGAGCUGCUAUGCCAGGAUCAUCAUUCUGCAGAUCUUCAGAGAGUUAUCGAGAACAACUCAUGUACAUCAUUAUUCAUCCACCGGUUCGUUAUGAAACCUGGUACUCAAGGAGCCCCCAAGGAUUUGAAAAGGCUUCGUCUUUCUGGCUCAGCAUUUAGAUGGCUUCUUAGUCGCUUCGACGUGUCACCGAGCUUUGUUUCGGCUCUGCUCAACCCAGAUCUACCCUCCGGCUACUGCGAUCUGACCUUUACAGAUUCUGCAGAACAUCCGGUCCACAUAAUCUGGUACAUCAUUACAGUGCGCUCGGCGGUCAACUGCGUCGAAAAUGAGACGAGCCAUGUGCUGAGCGCAGCUGGAAGCAAUCAGAUGGACUCGGCUAGUUACCUCCACCUUGAGGACUUGAGUUCCGACAUUCGGCCGUCAAGGAUCGCCGUCUAUUCCCGGCACGAUGGGCAAUCGUCGAACGCUAUCUGCAUAGAUUUUCAGGACGGCCGCUGGCACCACCUGGUUGAGGAGCCGUAUAAUCGGGUGAAAGAAGUCCUCACUCUCGCCCAGACACGGGGCCAUACUGCGCAUCCUGCAACCAUUCAUGUGGCAAUGCUGUCCAGCUCUGCACGAUGGUGGAAACAGGCCCUGGCUCAGCUCAAGAGCCAACUUAUCUCCUACGAGAAGCGCCUUCUUGUCGAGACAACGGAAACGGCCGCAGCGGAUAGAGCUCUACUCAGAAGACAACUAGAAAUGAACAAGGCGCUGCAUACGAUCAUAAGCCACUUACGGCGAUACAAAAUCGAGUUAGAAACAUCCAUGGCCAUUGCAAAGGGCUUACUGGAAUCAGACCACCUUUGGCGCAAUGAUCACAAUUCUAACAGUCUCGGUCAGAAGAACCCGGGGGAUUCUACCAGGAACGCCUUAGCCUUACUUUCGGAGCAAUUCCAUGGUUUUAGGGCCGUCGCGCAAGAGUUAGAGAGCAAGACAGAAACAAUCUUGGCACUAGUGUUCCAAUUCGUUAAAUGGACGAACGACAUGCUGCUAGUCAGCAAUGGAAAGUCCAUGUUUAAGUUGAUGAAGUCGAGUCGUGAGCAAGGGAAGUUCGCUCGACGCAUGCUGAUAGAGUCUCACAACAUAGCAAAGGACACAAGGAAGGAUAGCGUGUCAAUGAAAACAUUAGCCCUCUUGACAAUGUUCUUCCUUCCCGCUACGUCAUUUGCGUCGAUUCUCGCUAUGCCGUUCUUUAACCAGCAGGACUGGUUGCACAGGCCUACCACCGCCUGGCUCUGGGUAGUCCUGACGGUUCUAACGACAUCUAUUGCGGUUGCCAUCUACAUUUUCUUCACACAUCGUUCGUUGAGAUCCCAGAAUUGUGAUGCUAGGUCGGAUGAAGAAGACGAGUUGGAUAGCGUGGACUUGGACAAUGGGGAUUAGCCCAGGCAUACCGUAUAUUCAAGGCAGCUCUCGGUAAUACAUAGACACGAAAUUAGCAACUAGUAG